AUGCCCCAUUCCAAAUACGACAGCCCCGACAAUAACCCUCAGAACUCUCCGCACCUCUUCAACCCAUUCUUCUCCCCCGACGCCCGGCAUGGCUUCGACCGCCAAAUCAACGACAGGCAGGAUAUCAUCCGGAGACUGAAAACACGACCCAAUCUCGACCCGGACCAAGACUGCCCGCCCUCACCCACCACAAUUCCCUUGGACCAUGAAGCCAAUGCACUCGGUCUCGACAUUCCCCGGCCACGCUCUGCCUUGCACCGUGGCGACUUCAGAGAAGACGACGACUCUCAGCACACCAUUGCGACCUCNCCCAUAGUCCCAUGGCAUGCCCAACCACAGCUGCUACAAAGGCCAAGAGCCGCAUCUCAAGCUUCGUUAUCUGGCAGUUUUUCUUAUCAGCCNCCCACAAGCCCGCUCGUUCACCAAGCCAACGCCAACGACAUGUCCGACCAUGACUCGCCUCACUUCAUGCCAACACGAUCCUCGUAUGUCCCCUUGCACCGCCAUCCGUCGUUACGUGCUUUCCCAUACCAAGCACAUCAACCCCGUCGCUCAAUCAGUUCAAUAUCCUACCUCUCACAAUCUCCGUUCCCUUCGACUCGUCGCCCUUCCAUCUCGGAUGCCUCUCCCUUGCAACAUGCUCCCAUGGUCGGUUCGUACGAGGAGAGCAUCCUCAGAGGCCGCAUGUCUACCACUCCUUCGAAACCUCUUGAUUUUGUCGCUCAAAUUGGUGUCCUCGGNAAAGGCGACUGCAAGGCCAGUCUGAAGUGUCCACCUCAUGUCUCUGUACCCUUUCCUGCUGUCUUCUACAGCUACGCUUCCGGUACAACCACAGACCCAGAACCAAGUCCCUAUGUCGGCAUGCUUGACCUGGAAAAUACCUUGAANAAGGCCGAAGAUCCCGAGCCUGCUGCGACCCGGCGAAGGCGGAAACAUCACCAUGACCAGGAACACGGCAGAAAUGCCUCCGAGAAUUUGACUGCAACCAAUUCCAUGGAACACGACCAGACAAGUCGGCGUCAACACAAACUUCACAAACGAUCAAGCACAGCAGCUCCUACCGGUUCAUAUCGCAUUCCGGAGAUCGGCCAACUGCAAAUCGUUAUCAAGAAUCCUAACAAGACCGCCGUCAAAUUGUUCCUGGUUCCUUACGAUCUUUCUGACAUGCCNCCUGGCACGAAAACAUUCAUUCGCCAACGCUCUUACACCGCUGGCCCUAUCAUUGAUCAACCUAUCUCCAACCUGACACGAUUCCCGGAUGCUGGCAUUCACGAGAAGCCAGUUCUUAGAUACCUGAUUCACCUGAAUAUCUGCUCGACGCANAAGGGACGAUACUACCUCUACGGCGGUAUCAGAGUGGUCUUCGCCAAUCGCGUACCCGAUGGCAAGGAAAAGCUGCGCACCGAGAUGUCAAUGCCCGAACCGAGAUUCUCCAUCUGGAAACCAGCAUCCGCCACCACAGAUGUCGCUGAUGUUGCAGCCAAAGCAAAGGAAGCUGCGAAGAGACGUCGUAGUGCCGUUUUCCCCUCACAUACCUCUUCCUUCGACAUGUUCCCUCAACCCUCAUCUGGCUCGGUCGACAGUACGGCAUCUUUCACACGUCUCUCUUUCCGGGAUAAACACCCGCAUCUCCCUACACUGGAGAGUCGUCCAGAGAGCCGUGGGGAUAUGGACAUCGAUGUUGAGCCGACCAACUCGUUCCAGAGUCUUGCAUGGCAGAGGGAAGAGAGANNGGGGGAAGAAGCAUUCGUCUUUGGAAGACGUGAUGGGAAUGUUGAUACGAAGACACGACAGGAGAGUCUGCUAUCUAGAAAAUUACGAGAUUUGGAAGUCAGGGGUCGCAAAUCAUGA